CCUCAGCUUUUACAAUUUCCAUUUCCAUUUCAUUUCAUAUCAUUUCCAAAGGCAAAACAAGCUGAGCUGAGAGAGAGAGAGAGAGAACUGGUUCUGGGUAGAAACCCUAGAAGAAGAAUUGACCGGCAAAGCAAUGGCAUCGCCGUCGUGGUUGCAAGCUCUGUUGAACCCUAACAAGAACUGGUUCGCCAAGCAACACAUGAAAACCGUCUCUCAACGCCUCCGCAAUUACGGACUGAGAUUUGAAGAUCUGUACGAUCCGAAGGAAGAUUUGGACAUAAAGGAGGCUCUGGAUCGCCUCCCUCGGGAAAUCGUGGACGCCAGAAACCAGAGGCUCAAGCGCGCUAUGGAUCUCUCUAUGAAGCACGAGUACCUUCCUCAGGAUCUUCAGGCAUUGCAAACACCAUUUAGGAGCUAUCUUAAGGAUAUGCUAGCUCUUGUUAAGAAAGAAAGGGCAGAACGCGAAGCAUUGGGAGCAUUGCCCCUCUAUCAGCGUACAAUUCCAUGAUCAUUUCUUCCUGUUGCAGGCACUUUUGAAUCUCCAUGAGCAAUAAAAAGUUAUGGGUUAAAAUUGGAAGGACCGUAAGUGAUGACGGCUCUGAUCUACAUUAGGGCUUUUAGCCUUUCACGUUAUUAUUAUCUGGCAAUUCAUUAAUUACAAAAGCACACUGUAUUCUACCAUCGAUGCUUUCUCCUCUCAAGCCAAAAAAACAAAAACAAAAAAAACAUUGGUACUCUUUGGCCAAAUAUGGAGGGUUAAAAUUUUAUUUU